UCUCCUCUGCCACUCCUGACACACCUACCGCUCUGUGGACUGCUGCUGGUCUCUGAUUUUCCUCUCUACGGUAUUAACCACCUCUAAAGCAUCAACCAUGAGCCAGCUAGAGACAGCCAUGAGCACGCUGAUCCAGACCUUCUAUAAAUAUGCUACCGUCCAGGGCAAACCGGACACCCUAACCCAAGCAGAGUUCAAGACUUUGCUGGAGAAAGAGCUGCCUGGCUUGAUCAAGCCAGAAAAUAACCCAGAGAAAGUGGAAGAGCUGAUGGAAGGUCUGGAUUGUAACGGAGACAAAGAGAUCGACUUCACUGAAUUCAUGACUUUUGUUACUGUUGUCAUCUACAGCUUCAACGAGGUCCUUAGAAGUUUGAAAUUAAACCCUUUGAGUGACUGUUCUCUGUAAGAACUGAAUAAAAAAGAUGCAUUUACCCAGA